AUUUGUGUUUCUAAGCUAUAUGUAUAUAUAUAUGAUAUAUUUGUAUAUUUAUAUACACAGCUAAUAGAAAAAAAUAGCUAACAUUGACAUAUUCAUCAGACAAUUAAUCAGAAAAAUAUAAAAACAACGAGGUAUUUUUUUGUAAUUGUUUGGAAAACAAUUUUGAAUAACGAUGACAAAAAUUGCAGAAAAAUCAGGAAAUGGUAAAAUUGCUGGAUACACUUGAAAACGAUUCCUGUAUUUAAUUAUUGAUUACGAACAAAGUUCCCUUAACUUUUUUUAUUUUUCUGAGAAUAUACCUUCCAGCAUUAUUACCAUUAGAUUACGAUUACGCUUCCUUAUUUAUCUGAAAUUUUCAUUAUCAUCACUCAACAUUUUGUUCCAAAAAAUUACAACAUAUUUUUGGAGAAAAAGAAUCUGAAGUGAAGUUUUUAAAAAGUUCAUUUAUAUUCCAUAGUAGCCAGAGUAAGAGGUUCCAUCCUGGGUGUAGAUAUAAUUUAAAACAAUGCAUUAAUCUAUUACAUUGAUAAUAUUACAGUUUGAGCGUGUAAACAUUACUACCACUCAAAGCCAUAAAUUGUUACCUAAAAGUGGAACAGGUAAAAUAUGGCUAUCCUGGCAAGUACCUCCACUUUCGGGUGGGACCAAUUACAUCAGUACAUCAACCAGGCGGUAUUCAGGACCAGGCGAGGACGGAUUAUACGUUGUGGGAGUGGAAGUUGGUAGUAUUGGAUCUAACAUGCCGUGUGUUUCCCGGUCAAGGCAUUGGAAAGCUAGCAGCGGUUUGAUAUCCUAUUCCAACAUAGGAUACACAAAUGGAUCUGCUGAAAAUCAAUUUACUUUUAUAGUGCAUGUCCUAGUGCUUCCUGAUCUUGCUGCAGCAAGUUCUUCACAUGAGCUUACUGUGAGAAUAGACUACCCAGGCAAAGGAUCGCCACAAUACUUUAAAUUCUAUAUCAAUGUUACUGACCACGAAAUUUUCACGGCACCAGACAGAAACGGUAACCUGCCACUUAAUAUCUACCUUAACGAACAAUGUCGAUCCAUAACACACAGCAGUGACGUGGAGUUUAUCCUACAUACACAUUUUAGUCGUCAAUAUGGCCGCCUGAUUGCCGUGCUACCAAUGCCCACAGGUGCCAUGGGACAGUCAUUCAAACUGUGUAAUUUUGGAAUAGUUUUUAAAGGACAUAACAUCAUCGGAAGAUUCAACACAACCACUAUCAGAGGCGGUGAUGAAAUGAUUGAAAAAGUAUUCCUAGACAUCUCACCCUUGACAAAUGUACACUUUGCAACUUACGACAAAUUGACAGUUAACUUCGUCACAAUGAAGCUUGUGACGUACAUCGACCAAAGCAUUCAAAUCAACGAAUCAACGAUACCGUUUAUAGCUAGUCUCAUCAGCAACAAGAAAACUAUAUGGACAGGAGAAUUGCCGAUGACUAAGCCAUCAAUCGAAUAUUAUCAAAAUUUUAUAGUUCUGACCGCAAUCGUGAAAAUUCCUGACGUCAAUCCACAAAACCUGUGGUAUCACUACAGCCAAAAUGGCACCUACUACCACAAGGAGAAAAUAGUGUGGGAAAGCGGAAGAAAUAAUUACGUAUUUGAGUUCCCGAAGGUCAUCGCUUACUUCUAUUUCUCUACAACUCCUUGUACUGUGGUGUGCAAUGUAACAACAGACUGGCUUCCGCUAAAAUAUUACGUCACUUUUGUAAAAGAUGACAACAACGUUUUGUUGAGGAAGUUGCCGUACGCCUUGGACCAGGAUCUAAACACGUGUUUUGAUUUGCCCUUACCCGGGGAUUCUCCUUCCUUAAUGUGGGUGAGAAUUACAGAAUUGAGUCUCUUCGGCGUAACGUCACAGAAAUUUGAAAUCAGCAUCACAGGGGAUGGUAUCGAAUGCGCACGCGUUGGACAGAAAAGUCUUAAGGUUGGAACUUCCGGGCCUGCCUACAAUGACCAAUGCAGUAUCAACUCCGAUAUUACAUUUUGCAAGCUUGUGUCAAACAUUACUAUUGCUACAAAAACUCGGUGUGACGUAAAAUGUGAAUGUGACACGCCCUCUCAAUGUUCGGAUGUUCAUGUUUUAAUGCAGAGUACCAACAAUGAUGACUGGAGAAUGUGUGAACUUACAAUUAAUGACGUAUAAAAAGAUACAAUAGACAAUGCUAUGUUGAUAUUCCCAUCUUAGAAUGCAUUUGAUAUAUUUAAAGCUUAAGCACUUAUGUUGUGUGUUGUCUUCGUCGAGGAAACUACAUUUAUUAUAAGCACACAGGUAUUUUUUUUAAUCAUGUAUCCCAAGUGAAUAACGCAAUAUGGCCUUUCGUUUAAUGUCCAUCGAUCAUCCGUGAUGUGCUAUACAUGCUAUCAAAAUGCA